AUGGCAGCUUCAAGAUCCCAUUCUUCACUCCUGCCUCUCCUGUCCAUCUUUGUUAUCCUUCUUACAAUAACUGGCCAAGCAGUUGCAGGGCGCGAUGUCCCAAAAAACACCAACAAAGAUGAGAAGAAAGAGCCUGAGUUUUUGUUUGGCCAUGAUGGCAGUUUUCUCAUUCCAGGCAUUGGGAGGGUGUUGAAACCACACAAGUUUUUUCCUUACACUUCUCCAUACACUGCUCCACGCACUGGUGGAAGUACUGGAACAGGUGCGGCUCCACGCCCUGGUGGAAGUACUGGAACAGGUGUGUCAGCACCGCCAGGUCGUAACUAUGUUCCUGGUGGGGAUGAUACCUUUGUCCCAAACCCCGGUUUUGAGGUUCCAAACCCUGGCCACCCUUGA